AUGGCAUCUCCAAAGAUCUCUCCCAUUGAGCAGUACUCGGCUAGUGAUAGGAAGGAAAAGUGUGCCCUUGAGCAUGGCGACGUCCCCGACUUUGACUCUGGCAAGGGGGAGUCAAGGGAGGUCUUUCAAGAGAACGUCGAUGGUGUUGAGUUCAGAACUGUCAGUUGGCAGCGAGCGACGGUGGUCUUCCUCAAGAUCAACUUUGCCAUGAGCAUUCUCGCUAUCCCAGCAGCUCUUGGUGCACUAGGCUCCGUCGGUGGCUCCUUGUGCAUCAUUGGAUACACGUCUCUCAAUGUUUAUACCGGUCUUAUUCUUGGUGACUUUAAGCACAACCACACAGAGUGCCACACAUUGGCAGACAUGAUGGGUCUCAUCUGGGGUCGCUGGGGCCGCGAAAUAGUCGGUGUCCAGAUCAUCAUGGCUCAAAUCCUCAUCUCAGCUGGUGGAAUUGUCACAUCAACUGUUGGCUUCAACGCGCUGUCAGACCACGGAGCAUGCACUGUAGUCUUCGGUCUUGUUUCUGCCAUCGGCAUCACCAUGUUCUCGUCCAUCCGCACAUUCUCCAAGCUCGGCUGGUUGACAUGGUUCGGCUUCAUCACCUUCGUUCUGGGCGUGUUCAUCUUUGUUGUGGCAGUUACGCAAGUUGACAGACCUGCUGCUGCGCCCCAGACUGGAGACUUUGAACUUGGUUGGGCGCCUAUUGCUUACCCUAGUUUUGUUGUCGGUAUGGUAAACGCGACCAACAUCUUCAUCAGCACUUGUGGCUCUUCUAUGUUCUUGCCCGUCAUUUCAGAGAUGAAGCGACCCAGGGAUUACAAAAAGGCCUGUCUCCUUGCUGGUUUCAUCGUCAUGGUUAUGUACCUCUCCUUCAGUCUGGUCAUCUACCGCUACUGCGGUAUCUGGCUCUCAACCCCCGCAUUUGCCAGUGCUGGACCCAUCAUCAAGAAGGUAGCCUAUGGUGUCUCGCUGCCUGGACUUAUUCUAGGUGUUGGCAUCUACCAGCAUGUCGCAGCCAAGUACGCCUUUGUCCGUAUCCUCCGAGACUCAAAGCACCUGCAGGCCAACUCGUUCACUCACUGGGGAACGUGGCUAGGAAUCAACUUCCUACUUGGUUCUGCUGCUUUCAUUGUGGCCGAGGCCGUUCCCAUCCUGAACUACCUUCUUGGACUUGCUGGCGCCCUCUGCUUUGCUCCAUUUAGUCUGGUGUUCCCUGCUCUUCUCUGGAUGCACGACUUUAAGCGUUAUAAGACCGGAACAGCAGGACAGAAGAUUAAGUAUGGUCUUCAUGUGCUCAUCAUGAUUCUUGGAUUUUACAUGAUCGUUGCCGGAGUUUACUCCGUCGGUGUUCUGAUCAAGGAGGCGUUUGACACGGGUGCUAUUGCCAAGGUUUUCGACUGCGCCGACAACUCUGGCUUCGUCCAGAGUAACUAA